AAAUAAUCUUAACUUAUACAUUCAUAUAUACUGCAAGACUAGUCUUUUUUAUUCAUUAUGUUGAAGAUGAAUCGCUUCUUGCUCUCUGGAGCCACAUUCUUAUAUGUGCUCUUGGCUGUGGUAUUGCCAUUGCUCUCUAGUAAGGGUCACGGGGUGGCCUUUGCUGAUGACAGUGCCAACGACACCGACAACUACGGUACCGUUAUUGGUAUCGAUCUUGGUACCACCUACUCUUGUGUAGGUGUUAUGAAGAAUGGUAAGGUUGAAAUCCUUGCCAAUGACCAAGGUAACAGAAUCACCCCAUCUUAUGUUGCGUUCACCUCUGAUGAAAGACUCAUUGGUGACGCUGCUAAGAACCAAGCUUCUUCCAACGUUUACAACACUGUUUUCGAUAUUAAGAGACUUAUUGGUUUGAAGUACAACGACAAGACCGUUCAAAAGGAAAUCAAGCAUCUCCCAUACAAGAUUGACAAGAACAAGGAUGGUAAGCCAGUUGUCAAGGUUGAAUACAAUGAUGAAGAAAAGACCUUUUCUCCAGAAGAAAUUUCUGGUAUGAUUUUGGGUAAGAUGAAGAACAUUGCUGAAGAAUACCUCGGUAAGAAGGUCACCCAUGCCGUUGUCACUGUUCCAGCUUACUUUAACGAUGCUCAACGUCAAGCCACUAAGGAUGCUGGUACCAUUGCCGGUUUGAACGUUUUACGUAUUGUUAACGAACCAACUGCUGCUGCCAUUGCCUACGGUUUGGAUAAGACUGAUGGUGAAAAGCAAAUCAUUGUUUACGAUCUUGGUGGAGGUACCUUCGAUGUCUCUCUUCUUUCUAUUGAAGGUGGUGUUUUCGAAGUUCUUGCUACUGCUGGUGACACUCACUUGGGUGGUGAAGAUUUCGAUUUCAAGAUUGUCAAGUACCUUACCAAGCUUUUCAAGAAGAAGCACAACAUUGACGUUUCUGACAAUGUUAAGGCUAUUUCUAAGUUGAAGAGAGAAGCUGAAAAGGCUAAGAGAACUCUUUCUUCUCAAAUGAGUACUAGAAUUGAAAUUGACUCCUUUGUUGAUGGUAUUGACUUUUCUGAAACUCUUUCCAGAGCUAAGUUUGAAGAGCUUAACAUUGACUCUUUCAAGAGAACUUUGAAGCCAGUUGAACAAGUUUUGAAGGAUGCUGGUGCCAAGAAGUCUGAAAUUGAUGACAUUGUUCUUGUUGGUGGUUCUACUAGAAUUCCAAAGGUUCAAGAAUUAUUGGAAAACUACUUUGACGGUAAGAAGGCUUCUAAGGGUAUUAACCCAGAUGAAGCUGUUGCUUACGGUGCCGCUGUUCAAGCCGGUGUUUUAUCUGGUGAAGAAGGUGUUGAUGACAUUGUCUUGUUGGAUGUUAACCCAUUGACUUUGGGUAUUGAAACCACUGGAGGUGUUAUGACCAACUUGAUCAACAGAAACACUGCUAUUCCAACCAAGAAAUCCCAAAUUUUCUCCACUGCCGCUGACAACCAACCAACUGUGUUGAUUCAAGUUUACGAAGGUGAAAGAGCUUUAGCUAAGGACAACAACAAGUUGGGUAAGUUCGAAUUGACUGGUAUUCCACCAGCACCAAGAGGUGUUCCACAAAUUGAAGUCACCUUCUCUUUGGAUGCCAAUGGUAUCUUGAAGGUUGAAGCUAUGGACAAGGGUACUGGUAAGUCUGAAUCCAUCACCAUCACCAACGACAAGGGUAGAUUAACCAAGGAAGACAUCGACAGAAUGGUUGAAGAAGCUGAAAAGUACGCUGAACAAGAUGCCGAAUUAAAGGCUAAGAUUGAAUCUCGUAACUCCUUGGAAAACUACGCCCACAUGUUGAAGGGUCAACUUAACGAUGACUCUGACAAGGGUUUGGGAUCCAAGUUGGAUGCUGAUGACAAGGAAACUUUGGAUGAUGCCGUUAAGGAAACCUUGGAAUUCUUGGAAGAUAACUACGAAACUGCUUCAUCUGAAGAUUUCGAUGAACAAAAGCAAAAGUUGAUUGACAUUGCUUCUCCAAUUACUUCUAAGUUGUAUGAAGGUGGUGCUGGUGGUGAAGCCCCAGGUGGUGCUAAGUUCGGUGAUGAUGACUCUGAUGACGACUUUGAUCACGACGAAUUGUAAUCAAGCUUAAAAUAUAAAUAGAAGUAUCAUCUGUAUUUAUAAUAUAUAUUAUAUCACGUAA